GUGUCUCGCGGUAUUUGGCGGAGAAGAGACGCGGACGGUGAGCUGACGGCCGCGGCGGAUCGAGUUUAAACCAACUGAUGUUUAAAACGGUGAAAUGAGCGACAGGUGUACAGUCCGGUGAGUUUACGGUCCGCCGGCCGCUGCCGACUUCACUACAACAUGGAGUUAAACACGGUUAAUCGAUCUCCCAGAGAGGAGGGGGAGCUCGAAGACGGAGAGAUCUGCGAUGAUGAAACCGAGGAGAGUGUGCCGUUCCGGCGGGGGGAGGGUAGCAGGCCGGGGGCGCCCACGCGACCACGGAAACCCCACCAACACCCGCACAAUAUACUGUCACACAUGGGCCACCAGCCGCCGGACUUCCGCCUCCUGAUGCCAUACAACCUCGGACCUCACGGCCCCUUUCCCCCGGGCCACAGGCAGCAAUGUGGGCCGAGCGGGCCCGACCGGCCUCCUUCUCCUCUGCCGCCUCCGCUGCCGCCACCACCGGGACUCGGUCCUCACGGCGAACCCGGCCCGCGGUCCAGCUUCUGGGAGCGGAGCCACGGCGCCCUGGGCAGGUUCAGACACCGGGCCAUGCCUAACGGCGGACGCGGGGCCUGGAACCGAGGCUGCCGGGCGGAGGGAGGCAGAGUUCCCGUCGGUCGUUACGGGCCCGGAGAGAGUCACUGCAACAAGACCGACUCUCCCUCGAGAAAGCAGAAGCAGCUGGGCAGGAAGCAGGUGAGAACAGCUCCUCACAGCGUUUCCAAACCAGAGAACAGUGUUGACGAGUCCUUCGAGGACUUGCUGUCCAAGUAUAAACAGAUUCAGCUGGAGCUGGAGUGUAUCCGUAAAGAGGAGACCAUGGCUCUGGAGCCCAAAGCGUCCCCUGUCAGAGAGGACACACCAGACAACAGCGCCAGUAUUACAGAGACCAGAGCAGCUCCCGAAGCAGCUCACAGUCCGGCUGGACCAGAGGAGGCGUCGGAGCUGGAGAGGGCCGAGAAGAAAGUGUUCCAGGCGUUCAACAUCAAACCUCUGCGUCACAAACUGCCCACCCCUGCUAACCUGGACGAGCUGCAGAGGAAAUGGGCGGAUCAGGAGAAAGGUGAGAAAGAAGAGAGAGCAGAAGAUGGAGGAGAAACAGAACAGAAGCCUGAAACCGAGACAGAGGAGAAGACGUGUUCGUGCUGCAGCGAUGAGACGGACAGAGACGAGAAGGAGAAACCCCAAAAGACGUGUUCGUGUCGCAGAGAGUCGUCGGCCUCCAGCGAGGAGUCCGCCAUCUCUCCUGACAAGCCUGUGGUGAAGGUGGAGGAGGAGGAGCUGUCGGAGUUGCAGCUGCGCCUCCUCGCUCUGCAGUCAGCCAGUAAGAAGUGGCAGCAGAAGGAGCAGCAGGUGAUGAAGAAGAGCAAAGACCGGAUCACCAGAGCUGCGCAGGAGAAGACCUCCGCCCCCGGCUCAGGCCCCGGCCCCGGAGCUGCUCCACCCAGCAGGCAGAGAGUCACCACCAGGUCUGCCUCCUCUGCUGCUGCUGCUGCUGCCGCUGCAGAGAGGAACAGAACCAGGUCCAAACUUCUGGAGAGAGACAGAGACAGGCCCAAGACUGGGCCUCGACCUCCAGACAGAGAGAGACUUCCAGAGAGAGACCGACCCAAACAGAGUCCAAAACCUGGUCCCAAAGCUCCGCUGGACAGAAGCAGAACUCCAGGAAAACCCCACAUGGCCAAGAAGAUGAUCAGUCCAGGCUCAGCAGCCAAGCAGGCGUUCAGGAAGCAGCAGCUGAGGACGUGGAAGCUGCAGCAGCAGAGAGACCAGGAGGAGAAACGGCGGCAGGACGAAGAGGAGCGGCGCAAACGAGAGGACGAAAUCCGCAGGAUCCGCGACCUGUCCAACCAGGACGAGCAGUACAACCGCUUCAUGAAGCUGGUGGGAGGAAAGAUGAGGACACGCAGUAAAUCCAGGGAUCGUGAACACAGGAAGUCCACAGGUAAACAGGGCCUGGACGCCUCAGGUAACCUCUACCAGUAUGACAACUAUGACGAGGUCGCCAUGGACACAGACAGUGAGACCAGUUCACCAGUCCCGUCGCCCACACACCACACGCUGAGCGGUGAGGAUCCAGGUUGCUUCCCUCAGGUGUCUCUGUAUGUGACAGACUCUGCUCAGCUUGGACUGGACUUCUCUCAGCCCUUCCUCUCCCCCAUGCUGUCCGGUGUUCCUCCCCCACCUCCCCCUCUUCCACCUCCACCAGAUGAGCUGGAGCCUCCUCCCAAACCUCCCUUUGCUGAUGAGGAGGAGGAGGAGGAGAUGCUGCUGAGGGAGACGUGUCUGAUGUCAAUGGCCAACAAGAGGGUGGCGGCGACCGGGGAGAAGAGCUCCAGUGGUCCUCCGUCUCCAAGCUGUCCGCUCCCUGCAGGCGUCCAGCAGCCGCCCAGAGGAAACCUGAGCACCGUCAGUCUCAACACGGUGUCUCAGCCUCGAACCAAGUUCACCAGAGGACACCACGCCCCCAGAGCUCCGCUGGUGCUGCCCAGACACAAGUCGGUGGUGGUGUCUCUCAACGAUUCGGACGACAGUGACUCGGACGUGGACGCCUGCAGCUCCACGCAGGCGGUGUUCGGAGGACUGGAGUUCAUGAUCAAAGAAGCCAGGAGGACGGUGGAGGCGGCGAAGCCGAAAGGAGCAUCAGGAUCUGAGAAGGAGAACAACCCCGUCAGAACUCCAGAGGCUUUACCGGAGGCCAAGAAGGCAGAGUACCGUCUGCUCAAAGAGGAAAUCGCCAGCAGGGAGAAGCAGAAGAUGCUGAAGGAGCACAGUCAGAGUCCUCGGAGCUCCGCCUCACCUGCUGCCCCGGAGUCUGCGGUGGAUUCAUCAGGGAAGACAGCUGCAGAGGUGAAUCUGAGCGAAGCAGAGCAGAGACUCAACAAAAACAGGGAGCUGCUGCAGAGGGACGAGGCCGUGCUCAGACAUCUCCUCCAGCAGGAGCUGAAGAAGAGGGAGUCCCUGAAGGCUGCUGAGGCCAAGGUGGCCAAACUGAGAGAGCAGCUGCAGGCGUCAGAGAAGAUCGUCACUGCCAACAAGACGCUCCUCAAGAAGCUGCAAGAACAGGUGCAUCGCGUCGAACAUCGAGUGUCCAUAAAGAAGAGUCUGGCUGUCAGGUUGGAGCAGGAGCUGGCCCAGGCUCAGCUGGCUGCCGGAAGAGGAGCCAAACGCAGAUCGGACGCCAGCCGGACCCAGCUCAGCAAGCUGCAGCGUGUGGACGGAGUUCCUCGUGGCUCGGAGCGUCACUUUGCAGAGCUGAUUGCUCAGAAGCAGCGGUUGCAGCAGCUGGAGUCUGAAUACGCCCUCAAGAUCCAGAAGCUGAAGGAGGCCCAGGCGCUGCAUAACAAAGGACUUCCAUCGGAGCCGCCGCCACUUCGAGCCUCCACCCCUCCAGACCCUCAGAUCCAGAUGCCGACGCCCUCCAGCCCCUUCCCUCUGCCCCAGCCCUCCCUACACGACCUCACCCAGGACAAACUCACCCUGGACAGUGAAGACGUCGCUGAGGCUGACGAUCACGAAUCAGAAUCCGCGCCCGCGCCUGCACCCGCGUCCACCGCUGUGGCUGCGGGCCCCCGCCGACGCUCCCUCCGUCAGUCCAGCAGCUCCUUCACCAAACCCAACCUGGAGCAGCUUGGCUCCGCUCCAGCUAAAGACAGCAGCGCCGCCAAACCUGCCAAGGCCGCAGGUAGCCCUGAGGGUCCUGCAGAGGUGUUUGCGGGGCUGGACCUGGACGCUCUGAGGCUGAGGUACCAGCAGCAGCCCCGGCUGGGAGAGCUGCUGGUGAGGGAGCUGCAGAAACUGGGAGAAAAUGUCGACCGCCCCCCAGCGAGACAGGUGGUUUCAGUGGAGCUGGACACAGCAGGUCUGUCAGGCAGCACGGAGCUUAAACCUGUUCCCUUUGGAUCGUAUCACAGCCCUCUGCUGGUCUUCAGAUCCUACAGGUUCAGUCCGUACUACAGGACCAAGGAGAAGUUAUCUCUGAGCUCUGUAACCUACAGCAACGUCAUCGAGCCCAGGAAGUGUUUCUGUCGCUUCGAUCUCACAGGAACCUGCAACGACGACGGCUGCAGAUGGCAGCACAUGAGAAACUGCACUUUGACCGGAAACCAACUUUUCCAGGACAUUCUGUCGUACAAUCUGUCUCUGAUCGGCUGCUUCGAGAGCAGCUCGGACGAGGACAUCUGUGUCUCCACGGAGAAGUACAUGAAGAAGCUGUUUGGCACAAACAAAGAUCGUAUGGGAGUCGAUCAGAAGGCCGUGCUCCUCGUCAGCAAAGUGAACGAAAGCAAGCGACACGUUCCUCCGUUCACCACCUGCAAAGACGUGAGGAGGUGGAGACCGAAGCCGUCGGCGCAGAGCGGCGUCGGCCCCGAGGACGACGACGAGCGUGAGACCGGAGGCGGAAACGUCACAUCUGGGGGAUACGAUGACUGCUCCACGACCAACCUGUCUGCUUUAGAUGUGUGCGUCACAUCAGAGGACAAGCGUUACUUUGUCAGUGAGACAGACGACAUAUCAAACCUGGAGACCAGUGUUCUGGAGAGUCCUCGAGACACUCAGCUGUGGAUCAAACUCGCCUUCAAGUACCUCAGUCAGAGCGAAAUGUCAGCAGCCGAGUGUUUGGAAGCCGCCCUGAACACGCUUUCUCGUGCUCUGGAAAGUAACUGUGAUAACCCGGAGGUGUGGAGCCACUACCUGUCUCUGUUCUCCAGACGAGGCAGUCGAGAGGAGGUCCAGGAGAUGUGCGAGAUGGCUGUGGAGCAUGCGCCCGACUACCGAGUGUGGUGGAAGUAUCUGAGCCUGGAGAGCUCGUUCGAGGGGAAGGACUACGUGUGCGAUCGACUGCUGCAGUUUCUCCUCACUGAGGCGUCUUCGGGUGUCACGGACAAACUGUCCUUCCAGCUGAUGGAGGCUCUGCUCUACAGAGUCCAGCUCAACCUGUUCACAGGCAGGAUGGAGAGCGCUCUGGCUGUUUUACAGAACGCUUUGAAAUCAGCCCACGACAGGAGCAUCGCCGACCACCUGACAGCCGGCGACCGAGCGCUGGUUUGGCUCAGCUACAUCCACCUGACGGAGUUCGACCGGCUACCGUCCGGCCUGUACGACCCGGCGGAGACCGGGCCCUCCAGACUGGUCAGCAGAGAGUCCUUCCUGCUGGAGUGGAGAACGCCGCAGGACAUCAGCACGCCGCCGGACAUCCUCAUCGCUCUCUUCCAAGACGCCAUCCGUCAGUGCAGUGAGGAGUCUCUGUCUCAGGCUGAGAGGACGCUGGCCUGUCUGCCUCUUCACACCAACCUCAUCUUCCUGAACAAGCUGCUGCAGAGGUAUGACGAGGGCAUCGUUCUGUGUGAGUCUCUGCUGGAGUUCUGUCCCGAGUCCUGCGCCCUGCGAGACGCUCUGGCCGACCUCCACAUCGGGAAAGGAAACGGGGAUCAGGCGGUCAGCAUGUGGCUUCACGCUCUGGCUGAGUGUCCCAACAACGCCGAGGUCUUCUAUCACUCCUGCAAGUUCCUCAUGUCUCAGGAGAAGUCGAGCGCUGUUGUUCCUCUGUUCCGAGGAUUCAUCCUGUCGCUCUGUGAGGACGAACAGAGUCAGAGGACACCUGUUGACGUUCUGCGCCACAUCCUUGGUUUUCCCACCGAGGAGCUGCUGAGAGGUCCGGUCCUCAAGAAGGAGCUUCAGGAGCAGCUCAGGCAGCAGACGCCCUACCUCCACCUGAUUCACUGUCGCUGGCAGUGGCUGCACGGGUCUGUGGAGGAAACGGUGGAUGCGUUUGAGAGAGCGCUGGGCUCAGCCAUGCCGCUGGAAGAGCUUCACACGCUGUGGACGGACUACCUGCUGUUCAGCCGCAGUCAGCAGACCCGCGGCCCCGCCCACAGCCCCGCCCACAGCCAGUCCAGGCUGUUCUCAGACCUGGUCCAACGCUGUCUGAGCACCGUCCCGUCUCGCCUGGAGCUCCCCUUCAACCCGGCGGAGUUCUGGAGCUGCUACCGCUUCCACAACAAGGUGGUGACUCUUUACCUGAGCUGCCUGCCACAGACCCAGCAUGCACCUGUCCUGGAGAGACUGUUGUACGCCAUGCCCAACAACACUGAGCUGGGCCUGAGGUUGCUGUAUCAGGAGUGGCAGGAUGGAAACUUGGAACACCUGAAGUUCCAGGCCAGGAUGCUGAGCGGUAACUCUCCAAAGUGUUUGGCCAACUGGAAGAUAGCGAUAGCUGUGGAGGAGGAGCUGAAGGAGCGAUCUGAGGUGCGACUUCUCUAUCAGCAAGCUCUCCACCACCUUCCACUGUGUGCUGCCCUGUGGAAAGAUCGCCUGCUGUUUGAAGCGUCUGACGGAGGUGUCUCAGAUAAGCUGAGGAGGCUUGUAGACUGGUGUCAGCAGGUGGGCGUGAGUUUGGUCGUGGGCCGAGCUCAGGGAGAAGAUCACUGAUGGUCCUCGGCUCCGUCUCCGCGACGUCAGACUCCGACACUUGUUAUCAUCGCAACAAUAAAAAGAAAUCAGCAGAUUGGCUGUAGAUGAUUGAGUGAGAGCAGACAAAUCAGACGAGGUAAGACAGACGUCCCCCUCCGCCUCCUCCAGGACACCUCGGAGGCCCCUGUGCUCCCUCGAAUGUCCACAUGUGGACCUGCUUAUGUCCCAUCACAUCAUGUACGUAAGUAUAGACCUGCUGAGUGCCGAUCCGUGUCCUCCCUCCUUUUGUUUCUGUCACUUUUCAUUUGGAUUUCAUUUCCCUCCCUCUUUAUUUUACGUUCCCUCAGGCGGGGGGUUGUGGUUGGGAGUGACCGUGACAUCUCACUGUGGUGUUUGACCCCUCCCCAGUGUGUGUUUUAAAGGAUGCCCCCCCCCCCCCCCCUCCCUCACCCCCCUCCCUCACCCCCCUCCCAUAGUGAAGCUGCAACAUCUGCACGUUGGUUUUUCUUUGUGUCCCAGAGGAAAAGGAAGACUUUUAUUUUGUUAAACUGAUCAAACUGAGUAUUGAUCUGGGUGCCGAGCGGCGCGGCUGCUUCCUGUUUAGUAUUUUCUCUUUGGGUUCGAUGUGAAUGAGCGUGAGAGACACUGCCACAGAGACUGAUCCACGCCGAGCCCAGCUCCGGGAACUCCCUUUAAACGCACUACUGUCAGAGACGGUCAGGACGCGCUCUCAUGUGCAAUUUGUCUUUUUCUUUUUGUCAAAGUUCUGCCACAUAAUCAUUAAAGAGUAUUAGCGAGGAGAGGAGAGUAAAGUCCUUCCACUGUUGUUUUUUAUAUGUUGGAUUUAAAUGUUAUUAAAUUAUUUUCUAAAGAU